CGAGAGUCACGGAGAGAGAAGGGGGAGAGAGAGAGAGACAUUGUUUUUUUUAGAUGUCUUUAGCUAGCUUUGUUUCUUCUCACCUUUCUUGAGCCUACCUUCCUUCCUUCAAUCCUCAUCUUCUUCUUUUUCAAGUACUAGUAUAUUAUUUUGUGUCGUGUUAGAGGAGAGAGGAGAACAUCCACAAGGGUGCAGGACAGACAGAAGCCCUUUCCCACCCUUCCGUUCAGCUUUCGUCUAGGCCAAGUUGAUGACUUCAAAAUUCUAUCCAUCGCUCUGCUUUUGAGUCCAAGAGAUGCAGUUCCCGGAGAGCCAAGCUUAUCAUAUCCAUGGUUUGGGAAGUCCCCUUCUUGGUCCUCAAUAUUUUGUGAAUUAAUUGGCAAAUAUGCGACGUGUUCGAGUCUCAUCCCACCAGUCCCCAGUGCAGAAGCUAGGUGAUUCCCAGAUGAAACUAUCCCCCAAAUUUAGAUUGGCCAUCACCCCACCACCUUCCUCAUUUCCAUCAUCUUCUGCAUCAUCAGAAUUAGAGUCACCACAAAAAUUGGGGCCCCUCAUACCCGGCCUCCCUGAUGAUAUUGCGCUCAAUUGCCUCCUCCGGCUGCCUGUUGAGGCCCACUCGGCCGGCCGACUGGUCUGCCGGCGGUGGCAUCGCCUGCUGGCCAACAAGGAACGCUUCUUUAGCCAGAGGAAGGCCCUGGGCUUCCGCAACCCUUGGUUGUUCACUUUAGCCUUCCACAGAUGCACUGGGAAGAUCCAGUGGCAAGUCCUGGACCUGACUCACUUCUCUUGGCACACCAUUCCAGCCAUGCCCUGCAAGGACCGGGUCUGCCCUUGUGGAUUCGGGUGCAUCGCCAUUCCCCCGGAUGGCACCCUCCUUGUCUGUGGAGGUCUGGUCUCCGACAUGGACUGCCCUCUCCACCUGGUAUUGAAGUAUGAGAUGUAUAAGAACCGAUGGACCAUUAUGAGUAGGAUGCUCGCUGCCCGGUCGUUCUUUGCUGGCGGGGUGAUCGAUGGCAUGGUCUAUGUUGCUGGAGGUUACAGCAAGGACCAAUAUGAGCUAAAUUCAGCUGAGGUUCUUGAUCCCGUUAAGGGGAAUUGGCGGCCUGUUGCGAGCAUGAGAGCAAACAUGGUUGCCUAUGACUCUGCGGUGCUUAAUGGGAGGCUUUAUGCCACUGAAGGCUGUGUUUGGCCAUUCUUGUCUUCACCAACAGGGCAGGUCUAUGAUCCGAAAACUGACAGUUGGGGGGAUAUGGCUGUUGGAAUGCGGGAAGGCUGGACAGGUUCAAGUGUCGUUGUUGAUGGGCAUCUGUUUGUAAUCUCCGAGUAUGAGCGGAUGAAGGUGAAGGUCUAUGAUGGUGAGUCUGAUUCAUGGGACGUCGUUGAAAGCUCUCCUAUACCCGAGCAAAUUCGCAAGCCUUUCUCUGUGAACUCCGUUGGUAGUAGGAUCUUUAUUGUCGGCAGAGGCCUUCAUGUUGCAGUUGGACAUGUAGAGAAGAAGAGUUGCGCUGGUUCCGACGGGAAGGGGAGGAGGCAGAGCUUUUCCGUUCAAUGGCAAGACAUCGAUGUGCCACAAGUGUUUGUUGACUUGACACCCUCCAGUACUCAGGUUUUGUAUGCUUGAUCAUCUGUUUUGCAUACCAGUUUGGCACUGCUUAUGUUGUAUAGGAAAACUGAGAAGGCUUAACCAAAUAAUUGUACGGUUUUAGCAUAUAUAGCUGGAUGCUGUAGUCAUCCAUAAGAGCAGCUGUAGUAUUUUGUUUCCUAUUUACACUUUGAUUGCCUUCGUUGGACAUGUCGUUCAUCUUAUUGAGGUGUGCUGUGCUUCUAAAUCUCAUCAUUUGCUAAGCCAUGGCUGUUAAUAUGUCUUGUUAACGAGCUAGGAACAAGAACAGCCAAUUGCAUUGAUGGUACGACAUUCAUAGCUAUUAUGAAAUUAUUCUUCUGUUGGGUUGACUCC